GCGAGUGCUUCUUCCGUUGUACAGUGAUCGCUGCCUGCUGCGCCCGCAUCUCUUCCUGCCUUGUUCGUUCCUGAACGGGCUGGGGAAACGAACCUAGUCAAUACUCUUACAAGGUACCAGUUAGGUACAGGCAUCUGGGUUCAAAACCCUUAGCUGGGAGCUUCUUACUUGACCUGAACUGCACUUACCAAGAAAAUCGCCGCACUAAGGAUAGUGGACGAGUGGAACGACCGAAUUCCCUCUAAAAGGGGAUGAAGAUUGACCACGAUUUCUUGAUUAGGCUAUUUCACGUUUGGAAGGGCGAUAUAGGAGACCCCUGUAGCCCCUGCUCACUCCCUCCUAUUCUGAGAGAACCGGGACAGAGGAAAAGCACGCAAGAAGGCAAACAUUGACUUGACCCUUCCUUAUGGAAGUUAACUGACAACAGGAAGGAAGCUAUUAACCCCGCUCCUCUCCUCCUCUCCCACUGGUGACAGCCAGCAACUCCUCCUCCUAGGCUGAGACCUUGGAGCAAAAAUGCAAAGGAGCGCCUGGCUGCCUCAACUCUGCACUGCUCUCCCAGGGGAGGAAGAGGGAAGAGAGGAGGGCACAGCCUGAAGUCAAGUUCAGCUUGUUUGUGACUCGAUCCUGAUCGUCCAGAAGAGAUUCCCGGGACUCCAGCAUCCUCCCUCCGGCCCCGCAAGGCAGACCCCCCUUAGAAAAGCUCGGUUCACCCCCUCUGGCCCCAAGUUUGAGCGCGGCACGCAGGUGGUGCAAACGCCCCAGCUCUCCGGCGCCCCCUGCUGGCGAGAGGGGAAGGCGGCUGCGGCCGCGGAGCCUCCCUGGGCACAGCGCAGGGAGAGAGCUCGGGCGCCGAGAAGAAGCCGCGAGCUUCCCCGAUGGUGCCGCCGCCUCUUCCGAGCCGGGGAGGAGCAGCCAAGAGGCAGCUGGGCAAGAGCCUGGGGCCGCUGCUGCUACUCCUGGCGCUGGGACACACGUGGACCUACCGAGAGGAACCCGAGGACCGCGACAGAGAAGUGUGCUCUGAAAACAAGAUCACCACGACCAAAUACCCAUGUCUGAAGUCUUCGGGCGAGCUCACCACGUGCUUCAGGAAAAAAUGCUGCAAAGGAUAUAAAUUUGUUCUUGGACAGUGUAUUCCAGAAGAUUAUGACAUUUGUGCCCAAGCUCCCUGUGAACAGCAGUGCACGGAUAAUUUCGGCCGUGUGCUGUGCACGUGCUACCCGGGAUACCGAUAUGACCGCGAGAGACACCAAAAGCGGGAGAAGCCGUACUGUCUGGAUAUCGAUGAAUGUGCCACCAGCAAUGCCACUCUCUGUGCACAUAUCUGCAUCAACACCAUGGGCAGCUACCACUGUGAGUGUCGGGAGGGCUACAUCCUUGAGGACGAUGGGAGGACCUGCACAAGGGGAGACAAAUACCCCAAUGACACUGGGCAUGAGGAGAAGUCCGAGAAUGAGGUGAAAGCCGGGACCUGCUGCGCCACAUGCAAAGAGUUCUCCCAGAUGAAGCAGACCGUGCUGCAGCUGAAACAGAAGAUGGCGCUGCUCCCCAACAAUGCAGCUGAACUGGGCAAGUAUGUCAAUGGUGACAAGGUGCUGGCCUCAAACGCCUACCUUCCAGGACCUCCUGGCCUGCCUGGGGGACAGGGCCCACCUGGCUCACCAGGACCCAAGGGGAGCCCUGGAUUCCCCGGUAUGCCAGGCCCUCCUGGACAGCCAGGCCCACGGGGCUCAAUGGGACCUAUGGGACCUUCCCCUGACCUGUCUCAUAUUAAGCAAGGCCGGAGGGGCCCUGUGGGCCCACCAGGAGCACCAGGAAGACAUGGCUCCAAGGGGGAGAGAGGAGCACCCGGACCCCCGGGGUCUCCGGGACCCCCGGGUUCUUUCGACUUCCUGCUGCUUGUGCUGGCGGACAUUAGAAAUGACAUCGCAGAGCUGCAGGAGAAGGUGUUUGGACACCGGACUCACUCUUCCGCUGAGGACUUCCCCCUACCUCAGGAAUUCUCCAGCUACCCAGAGACGCUGGACUUUGGCUCUGGAGACGACUACUCCAGAAGAACUGAAGCGAGGGACCCCGAGGCCCCAAGAAACUUUUAUCCAUAGCACAUCCCAUAUCUUCACGCCACCAGAAGAGAAGCAUGCCUUCAGCCUUCCCCUUACUCUGUUUCCAAACCCUGUUUUCCAAGUUUCCUGUGCAUUACACUAGCAACAGGAUGUGAUGGGUUAAUGUGCUGUGCUUGGAGAGCCAAUGGGUGGUUGACAUCAGGGCUUUCUUCAACAUCCGAUUUUUUUCAAGA